AUGACACGGCGACCACGCGACGCUUCCCCAUAUACUAUGGAGACCAUGGAGUCGAGCCUUGUGGGGGCAUUCCGGUCUGAGAAUCUUAUCUACCGCGCAAUCGAAGACGAUGAAUCCGACAAGCACUUCAUCUUCCGUAGUUUCUGGAGCGAUCCCGUCAACUACGGUUUCGCACUUCUCGGAAUUCUUAGGCCUCAGUCCCGGCAGAACGGCUACAAAGAAAUAGAGGAGAUGAUAAGGACAGCUUGCCUCGCUGUAAUGGUUUGUCUGCCAUAUGAGAAGGAUGAGACGUCUAGUCAGGCUUCGAUGCAGAUGGACACGCCAACAGAACUCGUGUUUGACACUCGGCGGAAGUCGAUACCGAUAGGGAUUCUCAUCGUGGAGAGGACAGGACCCGAUGUCAUGCGGCGGGCUCGUAUAGGGAUUCAGAUCGCCGCCCCGUACCAGAACCGAGGCUACGGCCGGGAGUCCAUUAACUGGGCCUUGGACUGGUCCUUUCGAUUUGCCGAUCUGCACCGCGUUGAGAUUGGAACAGGGGCCUACAACGAGAGGGCCACCGCGUUAUAUAAGAAAAUGGGCUUCCGCCUUGAAGGCGUCAUGAAGGAGGCACUCUUCAUGGACCGGAAGUGGCAUGACCUUCUGUCAUUUGGCAUGCUCGCACGUGAAUGGGAGUCAUUAAGGUCAGCAAAACUGGCCCUUGAUGAUUUACAGAGAGGGUUCAGUUUCAAGCAAACCGACGAGAACCAGAAUCGUAAAGCGAGAUAG